AUGGUGGAAGAUAGUGAUCGCGGUUACGGAAGGACCGCUAACAAGAGCACAUUGCUGAAGAUUGUGAUACUCGGAGAAGGCGGAGUGGGGAAGUCAUGUUUGAUGAGCAGGUUUAUAUCGAACCACUUCGAUGACCACAGCUUCCACACCAUCGGAGUCGAGUUCAUGAAUAAAACAAUAGAAGUCAAUGGAAAACCAUAUACAUUACAGGUAUGGGACACAGCAGGGCAGGAACGCUUCAAGUCUCUGAGGACGCCUUUCUACAGAGGCUCCGAUAUAUGCAUCUUAGCAUACGCCAUAGACGAUCGCAGCUCCUUCAAUAAUAUCAAGAUGUGGUUGAAUGAGUUUCUACAUUACGCUGGAGUGAAGAACGGCAUUGAUAGAUACCCAUUUAUGGUUGUCGGCAAUAAGUCAGACGUAUCCUCAAAAGAUAGAGAGGUGACAUACGACCAGCUGAAGCAGUGGUGUGAGGAGAACAAGAUUGCAACUUACAUUGAAACGUCUGCGAAGAAUGAUAAUAACGUGGUUGAAGCGUUUUCCAUGGCUGUACAAAGAUGGGUAGACCUAGAGCAAAGAGCAGAAAAAGAGUUGGGCAUGCUUCAUCACCCUGACACGGUUACCCUCCACGGCUCCAGUACAGCGUCAAACAUAAGAGCCACCUGCUGCUCCCGCUUUAGUGAGGCAUGA